GUCAAUACUUGUAAAAUUCAAAACACUUUUUGAUUGGGCAGGCGAAUGGCUGACGGCGUACGUGUCAAAAAGUUAUGAGCCGGUGAAAUUUAUUGUAAAAUAUUAACCAAAAAAAUGGAAUUCGUCAAAUUUUGUAUUCUAGCGUUAUCAAUUUACACUCUGUUCGAAUCCACUCAUGGUAGCAUUGGAGGUUACAUUAACCCCGCUGACAGGAACAAAUUCAUCCAAAUCUUACAAAAAUCCCUGGACAUCGACGGAUCGGAUUUAACGCCCUAUUAUUAUGCAGCCAAAGCACGCUCCAUAUUAAACUCCCCCUACGAGCCCCAGCAAGUUACCGACUACUGCAACAACAUCAAAAGCAAAUUCCAAUACCAGAGCAUCGAAAACAGUUUUUACGUUUACAGUGCCUGGAAAUUAUUAGGAUGUCGGGGCCAAAUUCAUACCACUGAAGCCGUUAAGGCUAUUCAAUCGGCUAUAGAAAACCCCAAAGCAGCGAUACCGGACAUCCGUUACGGUCUGGAAAUCCUGGUUAUCGUAGGACAACAAGUUUCCAAUCCCGCGAAAAUAGCCCAAACCAUUCAAACCAAGCUAAAAGAGGACGAUAGUUUGUCGAAUCUAGGACACGCCUUGCACGCCGGCUACCUCCUGGGAGAUUCCGGUAAAUUCGUAUCGAGCAGAGUCGAAGACAUUAUCGUACAAGCCGACGAAGUAGACGGCAAAUUGCUCCAAUGGGAAGGCGGUUUGACAACAACAUCUCUGUUGCUUACUGGAUUGCUGAGAGCUCCGGGCUCCGCUCCUUUAACCGCUUCGCAAUCCGAUAAAUUCGCCAAUUAUUUGCUAACCAGGAAGACUGUACAAACUCCUAAAGGCGUGCUUGGUUUAGUCGAAGCCGCUAAUGCUCUUCAACAUUCCACCGUCCCGCCCGUGAGCGUAUCGAUUAAAGGAAUCCCUCAGGUGUCCCCGGAGAAAGGCGAUCUGGUAUUCCAAAUCACCAGCAUCUUCGGCGUACCGCUUAAAGUGCCUCCGAAACCGAUCCAAGUGGAAUCCGUUACUAAACUAUCCGAUAACAGCGUCGUGGUUUCUAAUCAGGCUCUGAAACAAGGAGGAUCUUCCAUCGAUUACGUGUUGCCGUUGAAAUUGGACCCGGGUUUGUACAAAGUUGUAAUCAGCGCCGGUCCGAAUACCGCCGAUUUCGCCGUUAGAGCUCUCGGUUCUUUGGCUAUAAAGUCUUUGGAAAUCGGUUUGAGCGAUACGGACGGAAGCGCGGCCACUAAACUGACCAAACUCCCUUACCGCAACAAAUUGGAGAAGCCCCUUCAAGCCGAUUCCAGUCAGAAUUUGAUCGUGAAAUUCUCGCUAUCCCGGCCCGUUCAUCAGGCGUUCUUGCGGUUACAUUCCGUCGCUAAGGAGAUCAUUUUCGUGGCCGAACAGGAUAGUUCCAAGGUGUACUUGGUGGAGGUCAACUUGGAGAAGGAGCUAUCGGAGAGCGGUAACUUCGAAAUGGAAUUGUUGCUAGGUGACGCGUUGAUUACGAAUCCUAUUCGUUGGAAUCUUGGGAAGAUCGAAGUUAGUUUGGGAGCGAUUGCGGGUAAAGAAGCACCGAGGGUGGCGAGAGGACCCAAACGGGAGAUCGAACAUUUGUUCCGUCCCGCCGAAAAGAGACCGCCGGAGGUUGUUUCUGUGUUCUUUACCGCUCUGACGGCGAGUCCUUUCUUGAUACUUUUGAUUUUGUGGGCGAAGAUCGGCAUCAAUUUCGAAAAUUUCACGGCGAUUUCGUUGCCGUUCCAUUUGGGUUUCGGAGGUAUCUUGGGCUUGUUUACCUUGUUUUGGUUGAGAUUGGACAUGUUUGUCACCUGUGCUUGGUUAGUACCGAUUGGGGGAUUCACGUUCUUCUCCGGGCAUAAGCUGUUGAGCCAUUUGGCGAGAAGUAGGAAGCAGGAAAAGUCUGAUAAGUAGUAGAAAUGCUUUAUUUUUUAAUUUUUUUGUAAUAGAACUGGUUAUAUUUUUCGUUUUCAAUUGUUGUAUUUAGUGCAAAUUUUGUUUGUCCGAUAUUGUCACACAACUUUUCUAAGA